ACCACACUCUCACUUGCAAAGAAGCUUCACAGGCACGCUUUCUGUUACAAAAACCCAAAACCCCAGCCAAAUGAAACUCCCUUCUCUCGUUUCCUCUUUCUAUGAAAGAAAUAGGAAACUCCCAAAAAAAGAAAAACCCUAGAAAAAAAAAAUCACUUCUUUCUUUGAUUCGACAAAAAAAAAAUUCCCAAAAUGUGCAACAAUUCAGAUUCGAUUCUUCCAUUGACAGAAAUUCCAGGAGAUUCAUCCAGAACAAGGUCGUUAUAUCAUCUUCCACCUGGUUGCCGAUUUUUCCCUUCCGAGGAGGAGCUUCUUAACCACUACCUCACUGGGAAAAACAGCUCCGACGCCUCCGAUCGCGCUGACAUGUACGGAUACGAUUUGAUCAGGGAACUUAACUUGUACGACUACGAGCCGUCUGAUUUGCCGGAGGGGGUGUGCUUUGUGCACGGAUGUCGGGGAAGGAAAAGGCACUGGUUUUGUUACACGGAGAGAAAAGGAGAGAGGAAUAAGAGGAGGGCAAAGGGAGGGUUUUGGAGGAAAAUAGGGAAAGUUAAGGAUGUGUUUGAUGGAGAAAACGUAUUGGUGGGGACUAGAACUAGAUUUGUAUUUUAUGAGGCUAAUUCUGUUAAGAAAGCAGUUAGGACUCCUUGGAUUAUGUACGAAUAUGCCCUGCUUCACCAUCGCAAGGCCUCUUUUGUCCUAUGCCGAGUAUUUGUCAAAUCUCGUGCUGGAAAUAGUGUAUCGGAGAAUGUUUUAAGCUCUUGUGCAGAAGAAAGUGUUGCAGCUGUACGUCACAUCGGUAUCCAGCAUGAUGGAUUUCUUUCACCUGACAUUCUUGAAGCUGAAAUCAAUGGUGAUGACUUCACUAAACAGCUAGAUGAAUCAGUAGCAACUAGAUCUGUUUCUGUUCCAAGGUUUGAGUUCCCUUCAGUCGUCCAACCAGAGCUGCCCAAUGAUCUGGUGGAAUCUCAGUUGACUACCAAUGAUUUAUGGGCAAUUGUAGAAGGACAUUUCAUAGAGUUGAAAGAUCUCGGGCAUUGAUUGUCCGUGAUAAACCAUAAAGCAGAUAGGAGCAGUUAACUCGUUGGAGGUUUAAUUACACCAAAAUAGCAAGAGAAUGGAUUUAUAUUUUCAUCAACCUAAUACAAAACAAGAAAUUUUCAAAUCUGAGUAGCGAGUAAUGUAAUGGCAGGAUCACUCACCUCCUAAGACAGGUUGCACUCAUGUGCUAAUAUCAGGAAUUUGCUUCGGAAGAAUUUAAUUAUCAUGCAGUUUUGCUUCAGAAGAAUCAAAUUAUCAGGAAUUUUCCUUCAGAAAAUAUAAGUACGUGAUACAUUGAAUGAGUCAGACAAUUUCAACAUGAGGUGCUUCACCUGGCUUCCAAGUUCACCUAUGAUGAUGGGUUGAGAAAUUCUUUCCA